UUAAAGAGUAUUAUUUGUGAGAUGUAAGAUAUUCUUUUGUUGCAAAUACGGAGUACUCCGAAAUGAGGUAGUAAAACAACUAAUUGACCAAUGGGAUUCAACCACGUGUCAAGCACCCACGUCAGCAUUCGCCUUAACAACAUUUUCCACUAUCCCUAGUCCCUAUUUAUCUCUCUCACUACCCUCGUUUUUUACUUCUUUUUGUUUUUUUUUUCUCUCCUCACUGCACACAACGCAGAGUCCCAAAGUCACCCCUCCAGCUCUUCACCUUCCACCACCCCUUCAAACCACCGCGUUUCGAUCACCAAACACCACCCUACGACGUCGUUUCUACAAUAGGAUUAAAACAUGAAGCGUGGAGCUGCUGAAGUCUGUACAGAUAACUAUGCUGCAAGUAGUAAGAAACUGAAGUUUUCUCAUGGAGGAGAAAAGCCCACACUCUUUGAUUAUUCUGAUCCAUUCACAAUUCCAGAACUAUUAGAUAGCAUCAGCUGGGGUAAAUAUGGAAGUGUUACGAAAGAUGUUGAAGCAUUGGUUGCGCGAAAGGAUCAGAUUUUUAAUACUCUGUUUACAACAAAUCCCGAACUCGAAUUUUCAUCACCGUAUGCAAAAUAUGAUGUAAAUGGAGAAGUGGUUAAGGAUAUUGUUGAUUUGGAUAGUCUUGAGACAAAAUGCAUCACUCCAAGAUCUGAACCCGUGUUGAUAAUUGAGUCAGAUGAUGAGGAAGAUGUUGACCGAAAAAACUUCCUUCACUUUCAAGAGAUUGCCUUACCCAGGCCUCCACCUACUAACAUUGAACUCCAUGCAGAGACCUUGCGGCAGGUUGACAAUUAUGUGGAUGUCAAACCUGUCAAAACAACUAAAGUAGAAGAGAAAAAAAUCGACAAGGUAAAAGACAAAGGUGUAUAUGUGGGUAUUGAAGACGAGUUAAAUGACGAUUUAAAUGAAGCCGAAGAUGAAGAGUUGUCAGACAUGUGGAAGGAGAUGAAUUUUGCGUUAGAGUCUUCCAAGGAUGUUCCAGCUGAUCAAUCAGGUGAUGAGCAAUCGGUGGAAGAAGAUGAGGGCUGUGAUCAUUCAUAUGUCCUCAAAGAUGAUAUUGGCUAUGUGUGCCGAGUAUGCGGAGUCAUUCAGAGGGCUAUCGAGACUAUAUUUGAUUUCCAGUACAUAAAGGCUGCUCGGGUGAGAAGUUACAGGUCUGAUUCUCGUUCUAACAGAGAGAAUGAUGACACCGACUUCCAUCUGGAUGGGAUUAAGCUGCCUGGACAUGAUUUGGCCGUGACUGAAAUCUCUGCUCAUCCUAGGCAUAAAAAGCAAAUGAAGCCUCACCAGUCAGAGGGAUUUAACUUCUUAUUGAGCAACUUAAUGACUGAAAAUCCUGGUGGUUGCAUCUUGGCUCACGCUCCUGGCUCUGGAAAGACUUUUAUGAUCAUCAGUUUCAUGCAAAGUUUUCUAGCCCAAUAUCCAGAUGCUAGGCCAUUGGUGGUGCUUCCCAAGGGAAUUCUCCCUACUUGGAAAAAGGAGUUUCAAAGAUGGCAAGUGGAGGACAUUCCUCUACUUGAUUUCUACUCCAUGAAAGCUGAAAAUAGGUUUCAACAGAAGGAAGUUCUUAGACAGUGGGUAGAGCAGAGGAGCAUACUUUUUCUGGGUUAUAAGCAGUUCUCGACUAUUGUUACUGGUGACAGCUCAUGCAAGGCAACUGCUUAUUGCCAAGAGGUACUGCUGAAGCGCCCUAGCAUCCUUAUCUUGGAUGAAGGUCAUACUCCUAGGAAUGAGAACACUGACGUGCUGCAUUCACUUGCUAAAGUUCAAACUCCUAGGAAGGUAGUGCUAUCUGGCACACUCUAUCAAAAUCAUGUCAAAGAGGUUUUCACCAUCUUAAACCUUGUCCGUCCAAAAUUUUUGAAGCUUGACGAUUCCAGGAGCAUAAAGAAACGUAUCAUGAGUAGAGUGCAAUUUCAUGGGUUUAAGAAGCAGUUGAAAGGAGGGAAUGUUGAGAGCAAUUUUUUUGAUCUUGUUGAAUACACCCUUCAGCAGGAUGAAGACUGGAAAAGAAAGGAGGCUGUCAUCAAAGAUCUGAGGGAGAUGACAAGCAAGGUAUUGCACUACUACAGGGGUGACUUCUUGGAUGAUCUUCCUGGACUUGUAGACUUCACUGUUCUUCUCAGUCUGAGCCCUCAACAGAAAAUUGAAGUUGAUAAGCUGAAUAAGAGGGAAAAAACAAAAUUCAGGAAAACCUCAUUGGGCUGUGCAGUCUACACUCACCCAAAGCUCAAACUUUUUUCAGACAAUAAUCCUGGUUCUGAAAAACGUUCAUUGCAAUAUGAUGCCAAGAUUGACGAGCUGGUCGAAAGGAUAGACAUUAGAGAAGGAGUCAAGGCUAAAUUUUUUUUGAAUAUGCUGGGUUUGUGUGAAAGUAAUGGAGAAAAGCUACUGGUGUUUAGCCAGUAUUUGCUGCCUUUAAAUUUUCUGGAACGGUUAGCUGUCCAUAGGAAGGGGUGGUCUGUUGGUAAAGAGAUAUUCAUGAUUUGUGGCGAUACAUCUACUGAGCUGCGAGAAUCACAUAUGGAACAGUUCAAUAACUCCCCUGAUGCACGGGUCUUCUUCGGAUCAAUCAAAGCUUGUGGAGAAGGAAUAUCUCUUGUGGGUGCCUCCCGGAUUAUAGUCCUGGAUGUCCAUCUGAAUCCGUCUGUGUCGCGCCAAGCAAUAGGGCGUGCAUUUCGCCCUGGUCAGGAGAAAAAAGUUUAUGUUUACCGACUGAUUGCUGCUGACUCCCCUGAAGAGGAAGACCAUCUUACGUGUUUCAAGAAGGAACAAAUUGCAAAAAGGUGGUUUGAGUGGAAUGAAUACCGUGGAACGCAAGAUUUUAAUAUAGAGCCAGUUGAUCUAAAGGACUGUGGUGAUUUAUUCUUGGAGAGUCGGUCGCUAGCUGAGGAUGUUAAGGCUUUGCACCGAAGGUAAAUUAUCAGUGGUUGUAGAAGGAGAUGCCUGAUGAUGCUUAACCUUUGCUAAAUGCACAGUUUUAGUUUUUAAGCAAAACAAGUCUGUACACAGGGAGAAUGAGCUUUUGAAGUUGGAACUAUGAUUUUGGUGACAGUUGUAUAUAUUAAUGACCGUUGCUGCAAAGUUGGAACUAUGAUUAGGUGUUAUAGUUACUGCAGUGCUGAAGUUUGUUGUAAUGCAAUCCAGCAUUUUGGUGUAUGCACUUUCUGAAUGUUGAUCUGUAUAUUUUUAGAUGAACCUGUUUCUAAGCUUCACUUUGCA